AUGAGUGCCAACACGCGCGCGGAAGAGCCUCAGUUGGACCUCCUCUCCCUGGACUUGAGCACGCUUCUUGAGAAUUGCUCAGCUCUUCGCGAAAAAGCCACGCCAGCCGCUUCGCUUUCGGAGCGCUGCAUUGGCAGUGCUAAUCAUCAAACUGCUCCGCUGCCCAGACGGGCAGCGCCACACAACCCACCUAGCCACUGCACUACCCACAAGAUGCUGGGUCUCGCUCUUGAACCCAACGCUCCUGGUUUGGCAGAUGCCGCUCCGCCUCCUCUUAGCAAGGCCUUAUCCAAGGCCCCCCGACGGCGAAUCAGACCCCUGGGCGAUCGGACAAAUCGUGAGGCGGUUCAUCUAGACUCCAAACCCAUGGCCGACAAAGCUGUGGUCCACGAGCUUGCUCCUGCUGAAAGGGAGAGUCAUGACAACUUGCUUGAUCCCCUCAAUCACACACCCUCAACCGUGUCUGCGGAUGCGUCUGUGCGCUUCAGUCAGCGCCUCGAGGAUUUGAUCGCCGCCACGUCUGUCUACAAGCACGAUCAGGCCCUCUUCUACUCAUCGCUCCGUCAGAUCAAGGAGCGACUCGAGAACAAGCAGACGGAGGCCCAGCAACUGCUGAAAUCCAGCCUGCCUCGCAACCUCACCUUUUUCAUCGUUGGCGCGGCCGAUUUCCACACGAAUAGCCCCCUGGCAACUCAGAAGAGAGACCAUCCCCUCGACCUGGCGUUACAGGUUCUCCGCACCAUCGUGGCCCCCUUUCCAGCCUGUACUACCACGCUGCACGACGAUUUGGCGGGCCAACUUUUGUCCUUGAGCUUGCAUUCCAGCCACCUCAACAUUGUGAUUACCGCUAUUGAUCUACUGCACAUUGUCUUUCGUUACGAUUUGAAAGGGAUGCAAACCCUGCUGACACCGACCGCGUGCCGCGAAGUGGUGGCCCGCCUGCACUUUGCCGACGAGCCUCGCCUAGUGGCUCACUUGAGUUCGCUCCUCACACUGGGCCUCUCCCUGGAACACAACGGCGCCGAAGUACAGCGUUAUGGUGGUGUCAAGUGUCUGAUCCUCAAAAUGACCGACUGCCUCCAACAAGAUCAGCUCGAGACGACACGUCACCAUGUCAUGCAAAGCCUUCUCAAUGCUCUGGCGUCACUCGUCUGGCGCAAUGCGGCGGGUCAGGCACAGCUUCUGCGCGGACAUGGCCGUGAUGUUCUUCUCAACUACCUGCGAGAUCGUGAGAUGGGCUCGGCCAUGACCAUUGUCCAAGUGUUGACGCUUUUGGCGCACCUCAGUCGCCAGGACGCGUCUCACGCCAAUGCACUGAUGGACGCCGGCGUAUUGCGCGCGCUCAGUACCUUGUUGAACGUUGCCGAGGCUUUGUCACCCACCAUUCUGGGAUACUUGACCCGGUGCCUGACCGCACCUGACCACGCGGUGCGACUGGCUGCUGCCAAUCACGUCCGCAGUCUUUGCAAGACGCUGAGGCUAUUCAUCAAUGCCUCUCAAGCUCUAAACUCAUUCGUGGCCCUGCGCGCAUUGAUGUGGUUUGGUGCUUGUCAGUUGCAACACAAGAUGGUCAAGGCUUUGUUGAGCGUGCUUCGCGAAUUGCGAGAGGAGCAGCCGGAUGUGGCAGCACACGUGCUCGAGGCACUGGCUCACUUGUUUCGCGAACAUCCCAAAGCAGAGCGCCUGCUCAGUCAGCCUAAGCUAUGGAGCAUGCUUCAGCAAGUGGCUCAACGGCACGCGGAACGCCAUGAUGUGCUCUGCGCCUUGGCCAGUGUGUAUGUGGCCUUGGUCCGGCACGGCAAGGACAUGGAAGUUGGUGAGGCGCAGCGGGUAUUGAGCUUUUGCAACGACGUACUAUUGCGUCUCCAUGAGACUAGCGGCGGGGAAGGCUCACGCCUGGCGCGUGCCUGCAUGGAGAUUCUGGCCCACUGUGCCGAUCAUGACCACUUACUCAUGGCCAUGCGCACCGAUGGUGAGUGGCUGGCCUCGGCAGAACACGAAUAG